AUGAACUCCACCAUGGAGUCGACUAGUGGCGUCGUUGGUUCCUAUGUGAGCGGCUAUCCUUCCAGCGUCGACGGAUUACUUCUGUCGAGGGAUUGCAAUGGUCUCACCGGGAUAUUUUUUUUGCCUUGUUGCUAUAUCGCUCCUUUAUCCAUCAUUUCUGGCGCCUGGUGUUGCAAAGUACGGUUUGGCGUACUUGGUGUACGUUCGGAUGGCACCAAGUGUUGUCAUUUGUCUUCGGCUCGAUUCCUGCUCCGUAAGGGAUGGAAAAAAAGGGCUUGCCAAUCACAUCAAAGAAAACAACACUGCCAGUCGUCGCCCGGGAGGUUGUCCUGGAACGAUGCUCGGAUGAUCAAGUCAAAUCUAGGUUUUGGUGAGGGGUGUGAAAUUAUGAGAUAA